AUGAUCAAAGCUUUCUUGCUGAAAGACGAGCAAGAGAAAACUAUGGAUGUAUACAAAUGCAUUUUGAGAAAUGGGAUGCCUUGUGUUGUAUCAUGGACAGUAUUGAUUUGUGGGUAUGCUAAAAAAGGGGAUGUUUUUACAGCAAGAUUGAUUUUUGAUGAGGCACCAUUGAAGGAUAGAGGAAUUUGGGGAGCUAUGAUGUCUGGUUAUGUCCAGAAUAAUUGCUUUAAGGAAGGAUUAGGAUUGUUUAGGCUAAUGCAGUUGAAAGGGAUUCAACCUGAUGAGGCUAUACUUGUUAGUGCACUUUCUGCUUCUGCUCAUUUGGGUUCAUUUGAUGUUGGAAUUUGGAUACAUAGACACAUUGAAAAGUUUAAACUUCCACUGAGUAUCAAACUGGGCACUGCUUUAUUAGACAUGUAUGCUAAAUGUGGAUACUUAGAUGUAGCUGAGAAGGUGUUCUAUGAAAUGCCAAAGAGAGAUGUUAUUUGUUGGAACACUAUGCUCUCAGGUUUUGCAUUGAAUGGAAACGUCAAAGGGGCUCUCAGACUGUUUUCAGAAAUGGAACAUUCCGGGAUCAAGCCAGACGAUAUUACUUUCAUUUCCAUGUUUACUGCUUGUAGUUAUGGUGGCACGGCAACUGAAGGUCUUAGAUUGCUUAACAAAAUGUGCAGUGUGUAUGGAAUUGAACCAAAAAGUGAACACUAUGGAUGUAUAAUCGAUAUUCUUAGUCGGGCUGGACUUCUAGCAGAAGCGAAGAUCAUAGUAGAGAAAAUGCAUAGUUCUAAGUCGCCAUCUGAGGAAGCUCUUGCAUGGAGAGCAUUGCUGAGUGCUUGUUGCAGCCACGAGCACAUACAGUUGGCUGAGGAUGCUGCAGAGAAAGUUGUCGAGCUUGAAAACCACAGUGGUCCUUAUGUGCUUCUGUCGAAUAUGUAUUCGGCUGCUGGAAGACAUGAUUUGGCUAAAAGAAUAAGGAAAAGGAUGCAAAGCCGAGGGAUAGAAAAGGCACCAGGUUGCAGUUCAUUGGAGAUUAAUGGAGUUGUUCGUGAGUUUAUUGCUGGUGAGAAAACACAUUUGCAUAGGGAAGAAACAUUUCUGUUACUGGAAAUGGUUAAUAAGCAUUCAGAAUGUGUAUGA